AUGGCUUGUAAUUGCCUUUGUCGUCCCUUGCUCUCAAACCUAUUGAAGUCAAUGCUUCUAUUACUUCAACUGUUGGAUUUUGACUCUGAAGUAUCAGCCGCUAGAAAUAAACGAAAAGAAGCAUUAUUUUACAGCAUAGAGUCAGCAUCACAUGUGGGUAACAUAAUCAAGGUAGAGAAGACAAAAAGUGGACUGGAUUGUGCCUUCUUAUGUUUGCAAAUGCCUCAAGGAAGUUGCCUGUCAUUUAACUUUGGUCGGAUAGCCACCAACGGAUUACACAUUUGUGAGCUUAGCAAUUCUGAAAGAGCUCUUGAACCACAUAAGCUGCUAAAUAGAAUCAAUUUUGUCUAUUACGGCAUGAAAAUGUCAGUAAGUAUUAUUUUCAAGGGUGAGAGAUCAUUUUUUUUUCCUUCAGUAUUAUCCGCGAAAUAUUUUCACUUUGGUUCAAAAAAAGUAUUCACCAAAAUAUACUGAUAAAAAUUUUCGAACUUGGCCAAUUUUCGUAGUUAAAAUGUAGGUUAAAGUUUGUUUUAGCCCGGAGCCAUAAUCGGGGUAGUAUAAUAAUAGACCGCAAGUGCGGGGUUCCAUCGAAAUAGCCAAAUAUGCUAUUUUUAGAACAAACUGCGUCACCCUCAACGUCACAAACUCGAGCGUGAACCCACGAAUUCGCGCGGAUCUCGUGUGGAAUUUUAAGAGAUGGGUGAUCGUUUUGCGACCCUUUUUGAGUGUUCACUGAACUUUCCAAGUGCUUCAUAUCUCGAUAUACAAUGCAUGCACAGUGGAAGAAUGAACCAAGAUUAUAUAAACAUUAUUAGAAGUACGUUUGUCGCAAAAACCUUGCGAGAAUAAAGGGAAACAAGCCAACAGAAAACACAUGAUUAAAAACAAAACAACAACAAAACAGAACGAAAAAAAAAAUUAUACAAAGAAAAAUUAAACAGCUCAGAGCUGAGAGUCGUACCUGCACCAUCUGCAAGGAAGGUCGGCUCCUGGAUCACUGCGCAACGCUGCCAAGGAUAACGUCGAGUAGGAAAAUUAUUAUAAUUAUUUAAAGUAUUAUUUCCGUGAAAUUCUGCCGGUAGACACUGUUUGAAGCUGGUGGAGCUGUAUUUAUUAUGAAUUCAAAGAUUUAUUUGGGGAAAAUUGUUUAUAAUUAUUUGUUGUUGUUGUUAACUUUCCGCCCUCCGCAAGUACUUUUGUUUGUUUAGUCCGAACGGGGUAUUCUUCGCACGACUGAUCUACGAUAUCUCUUUGUCACUGGAUUUGUCAAAAACACUGUCACUACGGUGUUUAACAUAAGUAGAAUCCCACUCACAGUCAUCACAUUUAGACUUAUUGUCAAAGGGUUUCUCCUCAAGGUCUUGCCUCAAAUUCAGAGGAUGACAGAAAUGGAAUUUAUUAAUCUCCUACGGAAGGAACUUCCGACGCCAUUUUGUUUGUUGAACCUUUUCUCGGCGCCCUCGCAAAAAAUGCGCGCUUGUCACACGAGAUGACACUUUUUUUUCCUAAAAAUAGUAUAUUUGGCCAUUUUGAUGAAACCAACCCCAUUACUGGAAAAGAUACCCAGCUGCGGUCCCCUAUCCCGAUUAUGGCUCCUGGUUGUAGUUAAUGUGCACUUAACUAAUUCCAACUACUUUGUAAGUAUUCUACUGAAAUAAUUAGAAACCAAUAAUCCAGAUAGAACUUAACAGGAUAAAAUAGCCCUAAAAACUAUCAGGAGGCCAGUUGGCUAUAUAAAAACGUUACAUAGCCAAUUAUAUUCCGGAAGACUGAAAAACAAAUCCACCUUAAGUGGUCGGAACGGGAAUGGAACCCGGACCACCGGAUUAAAAGUCCGAUGAACUCACCCGCACUCGGUUACGUUGCCUCUCAGAAGAGUUUGAUGACUCUUUUCCCCUUCUCAUUCAGUGAAGCACCUUUCUCUUAAACGAAAGCAAACGCUUUCGCUUUUUUACUAUAAACAUGCGAACUAAUAUUUCGGGCCGUUUUCUAAGUUUUAAGGAGAGACAGAAAGGUGAGUUCUGAAAACUAUUGUAGAUCGAUCAAAAGUGUAUUUUGUCAUGUCCUAAUUAUCUUGGGCGGAGUAACGCUAUUAAUUCUUAACGCUCAGUUACAGGCAUUAUUACCUUGUACUUACAGGAUCUUACCAGAUUUUUGCCCUGUCUGUCGUCCCCAUGUCGAAACGGUGGAUUGUGUGUUAACGGCCCAACCUUGGAGAUGUUCACGUGCAAUUGUUCUCUGGAAAUUAGAGUGCUACCUUACAUUGACCACAAAUGCAACGUCAGUAAGUUGCUACGUUUAAUUUUGUAUAGGUGACACAAGGUUCCUCUAGUAUAAACCACGAAGAAAGGAAAACUUCUAAAUAAAUUUUAAACAUCAGUUUUAAGGUCUCAGUCAGACCGUCACGGAAUUCUAAAGCCUGCACCCAUACACAGAAAACGCGUGCACCCCAGGCUAGCAACGGAACAGAUUCCGGUUUGAAAUCCUGAAAGAGGAUUACUUGUAAGAGCGGGUUUCCUUGGAAUGAUCUGGACCAAUUUUGGUUAAAUUUUGACCAAAAUGACCAAUUUUCCGAGCAAAUGCCCGUAAGGGUUCUUCAUUCACCGACCAAAACGUCGGAAACGAGGAGAAACAAAUGAGAAUUUCCUUCCUUGUCUUGAUUUACUUUUUCUCAGGACUUAAAUUUGCCACUCGUGAAUUAAUUAUGAGGCCUAUUCACCUUCUUCAUGCAGGUGUGUAGACGAACAUUGUCUCACAAACUCUACUCAAGAGUUCAUUAUUUUCUGAGUGAGAAUGCCACCAAGAUCCAAGAAUUUUUCAACCUUCAUCAUUUAAACGUCUUUGAAUCAAUUAACUAAUAAUAAUUCUCAAAGCUAAACGGAGCAUUCUGAUAAGCAAAUUCCUGGUAAGGAUUUUACAGUACCGACCACUACUUCAAGUCCUUUCAUAUAUUUUCUUUUAUCCCCGCUCAGAAAAAUGAAAGCUAACAACAAAAAUUAAGCUUUAAAAAGAAAUGUCGAGAUUAUCUUUCGAAAACUAAAGCUGCCGUGAACAUUCGGAAAUGGGGGUAAGACUCCCCUAAGACCAUAUGGAACAUGAAUUCUCCCCGAGCAAAGUUUCACGAAGUUUAUGUGUUUUCUGGUUUAUUUCAGACGAAUCUCACAUCGAGGUUGUAAAACAGCUACAUGUACAAGGUGUUAUGCAGGCACAAGUGGGCAAGCUUCAACUCAACUAUUUUGAGGCUAUGCGACUGUGUGAAAUACUCAACGGGUCUCUCGCCACUUUGGAUCAACUAACCGCUGCCUGGCAAGCUGGACUUCAGAUUUGCAGGUAA